AAAGGCAUGCUGGGAAAUGAAGUUUUACUUAUCCUACGCCUUAGGAUAAUAGAUAGGAAACCUGAGACAAAGAGAAUGCUGGGCGUUUUUGACCGAUGCCCGAUGGGAAAGGUAGUUCAUUUUUUCCGCAUUCCGCGUUUACUCGGCCGGGGCGACUCUGUUUCCGGGUUAGGCCGCAACGCCUGCGCAGAUCCGGGCACGAAUGUUGGGCCAGCUAUUUUUUUGGUCGGGUCAGCCUGGCAAGGCUUCCCCUGCUUUCUUUGCUUGGUGUUGGCGAAGCAGUUCUAGGAUGGCCACGUAAUAGUCCUUAGCUUUGUUUGGUUAGACGGCGCCUCAUCUGGGACCAGCUAGCAUUCAUAGCUUCAAUAUUCUUCUGUGUCUGACCCACUAACCUGGGAGCCUCUGAGGUCAGGGUUUGAAUCUGAUUCCGCCCGGUCCUAGGGGGCCUAGCACAAUUCUCAACUCUCAUCUGAUUUUUAAUAAAAGUUUGCGGAAAGAACCGUAGAAUUGUUUUUUAACUAGACGUUUUGGGGACCAAGGAACUGGCAUCGGCUACUUAAUUUGGCUGUGGUCCCUGGGCUGGAGGGGAAGGGUGAAAGAUUGUUAGCGUGACUCCGGUGAUCCACUAGAAAACUGAAGUCCUCUUUCAGACACCCCGCCCCGAAGCCAUCUGCUUCUGCGGUUUCUAAAUGUUUCUGCUGCACAGGAAGCAUGGUCAGAAUAGCAGCUUUGUCAGAAAUUACUUUUCUCUCCACUCUCCACUCGUGUGCAACUAAAUUGCCCUAAUGCGUCAAACGGGAGUUUCCACAUUUGUUUAUCUGCAAGUUGCAUUUGGUGAAGGCAGUGAGCCUCUUGCGUUCCUUCCUUUAUUCCCUUGCAUCUAUUAUAAUCAAGGAGCGAUUUGCAGGAACGAUUCUUAACCUUGGAAAAUAAAGCAUCUGGGGCUAGAAGUCCCCAAAGUUCAUUCUUCAUGACUUGUAUAAUUGUUUGCAUUUUGGACCACUGAAAUAACCCUGGCCCUGAGAAUCCAAGUGGAAACCUGGCCUUGAGAAUCCUGUUCUGCCUUUAAUGGGGUUUAGGAUCUAUUCAGGAAAGCAGCACAUACCAAAGCAGUUCCUCACAACCUGUGGUACCAGAGCAUCUUGGGUGUGUUUCAAUGGAAGAGUUGGAUGCCUUAUUGGAGGAACUGGAAAACUCCACCCUCCAGGAGAGUGAUGAAUACUUCAACACAGCUUCUCCUUCCCCAGAUCAGCAUUCCAGAAAGGAGAAGAGCCUUGCUGACACUUCAAUUCAAGACGACACAAGUUCCUUUCCGGUGCAGCUCGUGUAUACCACCAAGAUCCAGGAGCCCAAUGUCUACAGUGAGGUCCAAAAGCCCAAGGAAUCACCACCACCUCCUAAAACCUCAGCAGCCGCUCAGUUGGAUGAGCUCAUGGCCCGCCUGUGUGACAUGCAGACCAAGGUUACAGUGAAAGCAGAUGCCAGCAAGAAACACUUAACACAUCAGCAGGAUCAGAAGGCCUCCCUGGACUCCAUGCUGGGGGGUUUGGAACAGGAAUUGCAGGACCUUGGAAUUGCCACAGUGUCCAAGGGUCAUUGUGCUUCCUGCCAGAAACCCAUUGCUGGAAAGGUGAUCCAUGCUCUGGGGCAGGCAUGGCAUCCAGAGCACUUCAUCUGUGCUCACUGCAAAGAGGAGAUUGGCUCCAGUCCCUUCUUUGAGCGCAGUGGCUUGGCCUACUGCCCCAAGGAUUACCACCACCUUUUCUCUCCGCGCUGUGCCUACUGUGCCGCUCCCAUCCUGGAGAAAGUGCUGACGGCCAUGAACCAAACCUGGCACCCAGAGCACUUCUUCUGCGCUCACUGUGGAGAGGUGUUCGGUGCAGAAGGCUUUCAUGAGAAGGACCAGAAGCCAUAUUGCCGAAAGGAUUUCUUAGCCAUGUUCUCACCCAAGUGUGGUGGCUGCAACCGCCCGGUGUUGGAAAACUACCUUUCAGCCAUGGAUACUGUCUGGCACCCGGAGUGCUUUGUUUGUGGGGACUGCUUUAGCGGUUUUUCUACUGGCUCCUUCUUUGAACUGGACGGACGUCCCUUCUGCGAGCUCCAUUACCACCAGCGCCGGGGAACCCUCUGCCAUGGCUGUGGGCAGCCCAUCACCGGCCGCUGCAUCAGCGCCAUGGGCUACAAGUUCCACCCCGAGCACUUCGUGUGUGCUUUCUGCCUGACACAGCUGUCCAAGGGAAUCUUCAGGGAGCAGAACGACAAGACCUAUUGUCAGCCCUGCUUCAAUAAGCUCUUCCCACUGUAGUCUCACCUGAACCCACGCCCUCUUCAGAUUUACUAUAACGUGGAAACCCAGAGAGGAAAGGGUGUAUUUGAAGUUACUGACCUUCUGCUCAAUAGGCUUAUAGAGAAAGCCAAGGUGAUGAACUUCUAGAUGUUACAUGACCAGGCUUGUAGUCUUAAAUUUCGAUUUCUAGUCUUACUAUUUUUUUUAAAUCAUGUACUGGAAUUUAGGUAAAGCAUCUGCUGUCUAGUGUCUGUAUAGAUGCAUUUUCCACAUGCACACAUUCAUUCCACCACUGGCUUACUUAGACUUCUCCGUUUUCACCCCUAUGAUCACCCUAAGCUUAUCUGCUCUCUCUUGGCCCUCAGAACUGGCCGUGUCCCUGUGACUCGCUUUCUCACAGUCGCUGCUGUGGACUUUAUUCUUGGGGAAUCGUGAUACCCUUUUAAGCUCCUGGCAUCUCCCUUCAGUGCAGUUCUUUUUUUCAAGAGAAAGUAGAUGAACUGGACAGCCUUGAGUACUGACAUCGUUGAUAGUUUGUGGUUUUAGUGACUCAGUGUUAUAUUAGUUUGGUCAAUAAACUUUCUGCUUCCCAUGGUAUUUACUGGAUACAACGUGCAAUUAAAUUUGUGUCAUGCCUCUUGUUUACUCCCAUACAAUAGGCACUUUUGUUUAAAUCAAAAGAAAUUAAAAGGAGGGAUUCCUAGUCACUAACUUUUCUCUUUAUUUGGGCCCAUAACAUUCAUUAUAUUUCAUUUUUGCAUUUACAUGAUUGAUUGAAAGACGGCAAAGCUUCUUAAAAUUGUUUUAAUCACUUUGUUUACCUACGGAGAAAAGCAAUUUCCACUAGGCACUUGCAAAUUCUUAUUUGCAUAUCUAUGCACGUCUCCAAACUCAUGAAGUUGUGUGUAUUACGUAUAUCCCAUUUUCUUGUAUAUCAAUUAUGUCUCAAUAAACCUGUUUGAAAAAUGAAA